AUGAACAAGAUAAUCCAGGAUAAGUUUAUUCCGCAGCAGCUGCUGUACUUUAUAGCCGGCCGGCGCUGCUGCCAGCAAUUUCCAUGCACCUUCCGCUCCAGCGAGCACGAAGCCUUCGACAAUUGCGCCCGCUCCUUGGGGCUCCGAUCGCAGAUAGUCAACACGAAUGGGAACAGCUGCGUGAAGAUCUACAAGCAGGCAUGUCGCCACUACCUGGAGGAGCCCAAGAUGCUGACCAUGUCCUCGGCGGCCACGAUGAAUAUGUUCACGAUGCUGGGCCGCAAGUCCUUCAUGGGCAAGGAGGAUCUGGAGCUAAGUGCGGAUGUGGUGUCCCUGAAGGCCAGUGCCUCGGACAUGCCGUCAUUGCACCUUCCGCUGCCCGCCAUCCGUCCGCCGAAUCCUCGCUUCUGGACGGAGGCACAGCGCACUUUCCUGACCACUUUUCCGGGUCACCAACUGCGCUCCGAGAUUAUGUGGCCAUUGUACGCCAAUCGGGUUGUGAUUCUCAAUGCCGAUCUCUCGUGGGAUAAGGCCCUGUUCCUGCCGCUGCUCAUCCUGGACGACUGCCAGACCAAGAAGUCCAAUGCCAAGAUCAUGUGCAUCGAGAGCCAUGCCAUUUUGGCCACCUACAAUAGCCAGCGGAUGGCCGAGUUCUUUGGCGAGCAGCUGGGCGAGACGGUGGGCAUCCAGUUGCCGCACUUCAGCGCCGUCAGCUCAAGCUCCUUCAUCAUCUUCUCGACGGCCCAGUACUUCCUGCGCUCCCUGGCCAGCCAGAAGUUCCGCAACAUCAGCCAUUUGGUGGUGAACGAUGUUCAUCUGCAUGAUCCCCACACCGAUCUGCUCCUAAGCGAGAUUCGCUUCGCCUUGAACAGCCACCCGAAUCUGCGGGUGGUUCUGCUCUCGCAGAUGAGCUGCGCCAAGAAGUUCACCGACUUCUUUGGCGAGGGAACCGAGAUAAACAAGAUGGAGCAGCAGGAGGUGGGACCGCGCAUUUCCUACCUGAACGACCUGCACAGCUGCAUUGCUUUGGCCGGAAUUCACAAGGGUCCGGACAUUUACAAGGAGAUCCCGGAGAGCUUUCGCACGCAGAGCCAGCGCAACGAGCAGAUGGACAAGUGCCUGCAGGCCUACGGCGAGAUGGGCACGGAUGCGGCCAUUCGUCCAUUUUUGUACGCCGUUAACUAUGAUUUGGUGCCGGUCAACUACCGGCACUCGCAGAACGGCAAGACCGCGGUGCAUUUUGCCUCCGAGCUGAACAAGGCCAGUCACCUCCGCCUGCUGCUCUUCAUGGGCGCCGAUCCGUAUAUAGUCGAUCUGUAUCAGCAGAAUGCCAUCUCUCUGGCCGCCCUGAACGGCAACCACGAGUGCAUCGAUGUCCUGAACAACUACAGCCUGCAUGGCUAUGUGGUGAAGAGCGCCAAGCCGGAUUUCGUGGACUACGAUCUCAUCAUAGACAUCAUGUAUCUGUUGCGCACGAAACCGGAGUAUCCGAAAGGCAACAUCCUCAUCAUUUUGCCCAGCUACUACCAUCUGGUCAAGCUGAACUACAUGAUACUGAGCCAUUGCUUGACAGGCAGCCUGCAGGAGUGCUCCAUCUUCCUCCUGCACGAGAACAUGCGCAAGGAGUACAUCGACGCCUUGGUCAGUGCGAGCGAUGACACCGUGAAGGUGGUCCUGACCACGGACAUAAUCGAAUCGCUGCACCUGAAGGUGCGGUUCAAGUACGAAAUAGACACCGCCUGCCGGCUGAACCAUAUUUACGAUAGCACCAGCUACAGCGCGGAGGAUCGCUACGAGUGGGUGGGCAAGGAUUGCCUCCAGCGACGGGAGUUAAUCCUGGAUCUCGAAGGUGGCGAUGCCCAAUGCUUUCGCUUGAUCAACAAGGAGGCCUUUGAGGAGCUCGGGGAGACCAGUCAGCCACGCCUGCAAACCAUGCCGCUGGACAAGAUCUGCCUGACGGUUAAGGUGCUAUCGCCCAAUAUGGUUAUUAGCGAAUAUUUGGGCCUCAGCAUCUCACCGCCGCCGCUGAUCAAUGUGCACCAUGCCGUGCAGUUCCUCAAGAAAAUAGACGUCCUGGACGAGGCCGAGGAUGUGACCUGGCUGGGCUGCCGGCUGGCGGACAUUCCGGUGCCCUGCCAGUUUGGACGCAUGCUGAUCUUUGGCAUUUUGCUGCGCUGCCUGGACCCCGUACUCACCAUAGUCAGCUCGCUGUCGACGGCCGAUCCACUGGGCAUUCCCUUCAACGAGGACGUCGAUCGCUUGUGGGACAAAUUCACCAUUUACAUACAGAAUCGCAUCAAGGGCGAGCGUGCCCGCCUGGCCGACAAUCAGUUUUCCGACCACUUCAUCUUCGUGCGCCUCUUUCAGGAGUGGCAGAGUCGACUGCAGAACAAGAUGCCGCAGCUGCAUCUCACGGAUGAGUAUGAUUUCGUGCUCAACGGGCUGAUGGAACAGCUCAGCUUUACGCGCGCCGAACUGGUGAACUCCCUGCGGGCCUCCAAUUUGGUCCACAGCCGUGGUAAGCUGAGCAUGCAGUGCCUCAAUCAGAUGUCCGGCAAUUGGCACAUGGUCAAAGCUGCGCUGACCGGUGGAAUGUAUCCCAAUAUUUGUGCCGUUGAUGCUGGGAAACAUUGCUUGAAAUCCGCCUUCUCCGGCAGUGUUCACCUGCACCCGAAUACGGUGCUUCGCGACUUUUUGGAGCCUUUGAACACCUCAGCACUGAACUUUCGCACACCCUGGAUUGUUUGCAGCAAGCAGAAGAACCACAUCAUUUACGCCACCAUGGUGGUUCCCCUGGCAGUUGCCUUGUUCGCUGGUCCUCCACGAAUCCGCCUUUCUCAAAUAUGCGACACCCAGAUACUAACAGCCGAUCGCAGCGUUAAUAUCUUCAUAGACGAAUGGAUUUGGAUGGUUGUGUCCAAGCCCAAUGUGGAGAUGAUCAUGAGAACGCGUCAGUACUUCUUUAGGAUGUACCACGAAUUGGUAAAAAACUGCGACAAGCAGGAAAUGUGGCGCAACGAAGCCGCUCAAAGCUGCCAAUACACCGCCUUGACUGAAGCCCUAUCGACCAUCUUGGAGAGCGAGGAAUCUUCUGUCGGUUUCCCAAAGCCUCCGCCCAUAAGCUAUCUUCCCUCCACUCAGCUGCCAGCCUUGUAUCUUCUGAACGUCAAUGCCAAUUUCAGUUGGAGCCGAGAAAUCGAAGAGAACCAGGGAUUGUUGAAGUCAACGCAACAACAAUUCAACUCGCACUUUAUCGAGAGGCAGUUUUUCCUGCUCUACGCGGAGGGCGAAUGCGAGGAGUUCCACAAGAAGAGCACUCCGGCUUUUAUUGAAAGCGUCCUGGGUAAAUUCGCCAGACCCAUUGAGUCGCCCAACAGACACAUCUUUGUGAUCCUGUACAGAAAGGAUCCAGAAGUAAUGCUCAGCAUAAGUCGGGCCAAAACUAUCAAUGGCGUUUUUACGUUGAAGGAAUAUUUCCGAAACUCUGUUCCGGUGUAUGAAAUUUUAGAGGCUUGUGUGUCGUUAAAUGUUAACGUGCCUGUGUUCGAUGGUCGCCUAAUGUCUUGUCUAAUUGACAAACGUGUCGGAAACUUAAUUAUGGAUCUGUUUGCCUUCCGACAUCACUGGAUUCACAAGCGAUAAAUAUAUUAUUCCUUGUAAGCGCGCAGUCAGAAUCAAAAUACUUAUGUAUAACCGCAAAUUUAUUGCUGAAAGAAGUCGGAUAAAUUUGUUUGUGCCUAUUAUUGUUUUUAAGUGAAUGUUGAUAUCAUGCAUUUAAUGUUUUUCAAUGAAGAGACAAUCAAAAUGAGUAUGUAACUAAGCGCUGUGCAACCAAAUUGUUCGUUUGCAAGUAAUAUUGUUUUUACCUGAAUGUAGAUUUUUUUUAAUUAUGUAUCCUCAAACUUUUUG